AUGGUUCUGGUGGGGGAUGUGAAGGACCGCGUGGCCAUCCUCGUGGAUGACAUGGCUGACACGUGUGGUACCAUCUGCCAUGCUGCUGAUAAACUGCUCUCAGCUGGGGCCACUAAAGUUUAUGCUAUCCUUACUCAUGGGAUCUUCUCUGGGCCAGCUAUAUCCAGAAUCAAUAAU